AUGGCGACGAAACCGGGCGCGUUGUAUGACUUCCCGUGGGCGGAGUGGGGAUCGAUGAAGUAUGCGGUGUUUUUGCCGUUCGUGGCGACGGUAGCGCUCGGAAAAGACGAUGGGGAUUCGUUUUGUUGGCACUUGUUGGCGAUCGCGGCGCUGCGGUACGCGAGCGCGCAACUUUGGAUAAGCUUGUCGCGAGUGCACGCGUGGACGAGGAAAACGCGGAUACAAGCCAGAGGGAUCGACUUUAAACAGGUCGAUAGGGAGGAUAAUUGGGAUGAUUACAUAUUGCUCCAAACGCUGGUGAUCGCGCUCGUGCAUUGGAUGCCGGGAUUGGGGUUUAAUAAUUUCCCGGCGACGAAUGAAAAGACGGCGGUGCAGCUGUUGUUGUUGCACGCGGGGCCGACUGAGUUCAUUUAUUAUUGGCUGCAUCGCGCGUUGCAUCAUCACAAAUUGUACAGUGCGUAUCACUCGCAUCAUCACGCGAGCUUUGUCACCGAACCGAUCACCGGGAGCGUGCAUCCGUUCAUGGAGCACUUGAUGUACACCGCGAACUUCGCCAUUCCGCUCAUCGGGACGUGGGCGCUCGGCGGCGGCUCCAUCGCGAUGUUUUACAUGUACUUGCUCGGCUUUGACAUGCUCAACGCCAUCGGGCACUGUAACUUUGAGUUCAUCCCGCGUUGGUUCAUGAGACUGCCGCUGAUGAAGUACUUGAUUUACACGCCGAGCUAUCAUUCGUUGCACCACUCGCGCGUGCACACAAAUUUUUGCUUGUUCAUGCCGCUGUACGACCACGUGUACGGCACAGCGGAUGUAACGAGCGACGAGUUGUACGAGAAGGCGAUCAAUGGGCGGGCGGUACCGGUCACGGCGCCUGAUGUGGUGUUUAUGGCCCACGGAACUGAGUUAUUGAGCGUGUUCCACUUGCCUUUCAUGUUGCGCAGCUUUUCGUCUCGCCCGUUUGUCUCGCAGUGGUGGCUGAAACCGUUUUGGCCGCUGUGCGUGCCUUUUGUGCUUGUGUUGCGAAUGUUCGGCAAAUCUUUCGUAGCCGAUCGACACCGGCUCAAGACGUUGAACUGUGAGACGUGGGUGACGCCCGCGUGGGGGUUUCAAUUCUUCAUCAAGAGUGAAUUUAAUCACAUCAACAGGAAGAUUGAGGAGGCGAUUUUGGACGCCGAUCGCGCCGGAGUGAAAGUCGUCGGCUUGGGAGCGCUGAAUAAGAACGAGGCGCUAAACGGGGGAGGCGCACUGUUCGUCAACAAGCAUGGGAAGUCUCUGAAGACGAGAGUCGUGCACGGGAACACGCUCACGGCGGCGGCGAUUUUACAGAAAAUCCCGAGCGAGUGCAAGGAAAUUUUCCUCACGGGGGCGACGUCCAAACUUGGACGAGCGAUCGCUCUUUAUUGCGUGGAGAGAGGCAUGCGUGUGGUGAUGUACACAACGAGCGAAGAGAGGUUCGAAAAGAUCAGAAAUGAAGCGGCGAAGAAGGAUCAGCAUCUCCUCGUGCAAUCUACGUCCCUGAGCGACGGGGCAAAGAUAAAGGACUGGGUCAUCGGCAAGCACUGCCCGGAGAAGGAUCAAAAUAUGGCGCCGAGGGGCGCGAUAUUCCACCAGUUUGUCGUGCCGCCAAUCCCCGAAACGCGAAAGGAUUGCGUGUACACCGACCUGCCCGCGUUCAAGCUUCCUAAAGAGGCAAAAGACUUCCGGUCAUGCGAGAUGACGAUGAAGCGUGGUCACAUUCACGCGUGCCACGCGGGCGCCCUCGUGCACUCGCUAGAAGGCUGGGAUCACCACGAAGUCGGUGCCAUCGACCACACGCGCAUAGAUACUACUUGGGAAGCGGCGCUGAAGCACGGAUUCGCCUUGGCUUAAGCUUUCACGCUCUUGCAUAAUUUUUAGGAUGACUUCGCCGAGGCUCUCGACAUUACAGAGCCGAUUCGGGGUUGUCCAGUCGCUCGCUUC